GGCUGAUUUAUCAACAUGAUAACUAACAAACAGCAUGAAGAAUUUGUAUAAAUCUAUACCACAUGCUGCUUGUGUGAAUAGUGCCAAUUGAACGAUGCAGAUCUCUCUCCCCUCGUCGCGCCUUCGCGCCAUUCUCAAUGGCAGCACCUUGUUCGUAUCCCUUGCACUUCUCGGGAUCUCACCUGCUAUGAUGAUCCUCUCAAUGCGUGGCAUGCAUCGCAUGGACAGUGCAUGGCCAGAAGCCUAUUACGAGUGGUUCCUUGGGCCACCCACGCACUCGGGCCACAAGCACUUGGUUCAACUCGUAUACAACAACACAAAUGAGCACAUGAUCCUCGCAGCAGGCAUUGCUGGUGUAUUUGCCGGAAUUGUUAGCGUGGUCGGAUUCUUUCUCGCUCAGAAGACAUUAAAACUCAACGCCCAGAACCACACAAUCCGCCUACAAAUCAUCCCUGGCAUUGUGUCGUUUAUUGUCUCCUUGAUCGCUUUCAUCUACACCCAGAUCAUCUUCGAUACCGAAAACAGCGGAAAAUGCCGGUUUGCAGAUGGCUACACGCCUAAUAACGUCUUCGAUUGCACGCGCGAGCAGGCGGCCGGCAGUAUUGUUGUCUUUCUCACGAACGAUCCCACGAGGUUGGCAGAGAUUUACGAGACCCAGCGCAGUGUUCAUGGUGAUACACAGACCUCAAGGGCUCUACUGGUUCCACUGUUCGUUGCAAGCAUACUCAUGUGCGGGUUUACUGUUGGCAAGCUUCUGAUUGAAAAGAAGGAGUACCGAUAUGUUGAGACCCCGGAUGAGAGGGUCGAGAGGCUGCAGAGACAGGAAGAGUAGAAGGGAAUGAAGAGAUUGACGAAGGGUGGGUGGUGGAUACGGCUGUGGUUGUAG